GCAACGAUUACUGUCACUUAUUCUAACCUUGCUAACCCAUUGUAUUGUUUUCAUUCAGAGUUGAAUUUCAUCAAGAACAACCAUUCAUCCUUAUGAUAAAUACUUCAAAUAACCGAAAAUGACAUUCCUAAAAUCUUGGGAAGAAUUUGAAAGAGCUGCUGAAAAAUUAUAUAUGCAAGCACCUUCAAAGGUUAGAUACAAUAUGAAAUAUGUGCAUUCAAAGAAUCAUCUGAUUCUGAAAAUGACCGAUAACGUUGUCUGUUUGCAAUUCAAAACAGAGAUAGCCCAAGAUGUAAGAAAAAUCGACAAAUUCUUGAAUAACUUAAUGAGGCAUAUGGUAUCUAAGGAAAGUUAGGUUGUAAGGUCUCAAAUAAUAAAGUUUUCUAAAAUAUUAA